CUGGACGGUAAAUGGAAGCGGCGACUAAUGGCUGGCCAAUAGCCCCUUCUAGACGGGUGAACACCGGCCGGGUAAUCGUCGGAUGCCCCUCCUCACCCCGCCAUUCUCUUGCGCAUUUGGAAACUCCGCCAUCGGCUCCGCGGACGACAUCCUCCGUUGUUUGUUCUGCUCACGAGAUCCUCCUUUUUUCGCUUUUUACUUUUGUAUUACGUCCUUAAAGUCUUAUAAGAGGUGCCCGUACGCCUCAGAAACAGCCCUUGUUCAUUCUCCUGUUCAGUCACAACCGAUCAGGCCACGCUUGCGACCCCCCUUCUCAGCCGACCCCACCUGCGAAUACCCUCAUCCUCAGCCCCAAAAUGGCGAAGACCGAAAAGGACCAAGGCGAGAUAGCAAUCGCCAAAGGGCUAAACAAUGUCCCCUGGUGCGAUGACUACGAGAAGAUGAUCUCGGGAGUCCUGUACGACUCCAUGGUACCAGAGCUGGUCCAAGGAAGGUUCAAGGCGCGGCAGUUCAUGCACAAGUUCAACAACCACUUCCCCGAAGACGCAACGCCCGAGUCCCUCUCGGCCGACAGGUAUAAGCUCCUAAAAGACAUCAUGGGCAGGAUCGGCAAGGAUCCUAUCGUGGAGCCUCCCUUCAGCAUCGACUACGGCAGCAACAUCACCAUUGGCGACAGCUUCUACUCCAACUUCAAUCUCGUGAUUCUGGACUGCGCCCGCGUUACCAUUGGUAACCGUGUCAUGUUCGGACCCAACGUGUCUAUCUAUUCGGCUACACAUGAGGUUGAGGUCCAGUCCCGCCGCGACUACAUCGAAUACGCCGUUCCCGUCGUCAUUGGCGAUGACUGCUGGAUCGGCGGCGGCUCCACCAUCCUGCCGGGCGUCACCAUCGGCAAGGGAUGCACCAUCGGUGCCGGCAGUAUCGUCACAAAAUCAAUCCCCGACUUUUCCGUCGCCGUCGGCUCGCCUGCCAAGGUCAUCAAGAAAGUCACCCCCGUGCCGGACAUGCCAGGCGAUGAGGGCCAGAACGCUCACGGGAGCGUCGCUGCGUGAGGUGAGGUUGGGGCCUGUUAUGCAAAGGGGAUUGCUUUCUCGUCGGUGUUUGCUGCUGAGGGGUUCUCCGCGCUGCUCGCGGGGCGGCGUUUCAUCCCAUUAGGUGGCUUGAGUUCAGACCACGGCAAAAGGAGCCGAGAUACUGAGCGUUCGCACCCGAGAGGUUCGCUGCAGAAAAUGCGUCAUGCAUGAAGGUGCUGGAUUCGGCUGAAGGAGGCGAGGCAGCUCCCUAACAGUUGGCAUCAGCUUCGUUGGAUCGGUUUGCUGACUAGCACGCUGGCCUUCGAUCACGAUAGGAUUCUAGGGUUAAUCUCAACAAUGAUCAAAACGUAACGCCAAGUAUGGAAAUGGUCACGCAAACUAUGACUGACACGUUUCUUUCCGAGGUGAAGACAGCAUCGCCGAUUUAAACGGGUAGUUCGGGAUCGUUAGAGAUGAUGGAGAUACAACAUUAUCGGGUCGAGGCGGGGUGACUGGAUAUUUCUAUAUUCACCCGAUGGAAGAUGCUUCCUCGGAUUUAGGGCCUCAUGUGGGAGACGCUUCAUGGGAAAUAGCAACCUUGUUCGCAUCUUCUUUUUGGGUUUGCCAUGGUGUUUUGGGAGUUUGGGCUGUGGCGGCCGGCUCGCACGGCCGAGGACGUUCGUCUGAUGACCGCAGCAACCCAACCGUUUGACAGUCAGGGCCUAUCUCCCGUGGAG